AUGAAACAGAUUUUAGACCAAGGACUGGAUUCUGUAUUACCCAUCAUAACCUUGGAUGUUGACAACCUGUACAUCCAUUCUGAUGGUAGUGUAUCCUUCACUCUGCAACAUGAUUUUGAUAAUCACAUUGGUCUAGAACAAAAAGAUGCCUUAGAAGAAAAGCUGGCAGAAUUGCUGGGAAAGCUCAUCUAUAAAUCUUUGGACUGGGGAAUUGAGAGUCAUAUGGAGAGAGAGCUGAGUGAGUCCCUGGAGAAGCUAAUAUGUUUUAUGCUUAAACUGAACACAGAGACCACAAAAACAGCCAUUGCUCUCCAAGAUAUAAUCAAGAUAUGUGAAGAUCAUUUUCUCAAACCUGCUGAAGCAGCCAGUCAUUACACCGGGAUCUGCAAACUGCUGUUUGCAGAAUACAGUGAACUUCAGAAACUCAUGUUCACCAUACAGAGUUGCAAAAAGUUUUUGGGAGAAAUGGAUGUGGAAGACUGCUCUCGAAGGCAAAAGGCAAAAGACUGGGUUGGCUUGUGGCAGAGUGUACUUGGCGACUUGCAGAAGGGGGUGAAGUUGCAUAAGGUCAUGGAGCAACGCAAGCGACUUCCUGAAGAGGGUACACAUUUAUUAUAUAACACAGUGGUGGAUGAUAUAAAAAAUAAACGCUAUACGCUCCACAAAGCAUCAUCACGCAAACUAAAAGAGAGACUUUAUCAGGAGCCCAGCCUGCAUGAACAACUCAUGAAGGAAGUGAAGAAUCCACCAAAGCUUCAGGCAGCCAUUACAGAGAGAAGAACCUAUGAUGACAAUUGCAAAGAAAAUUUUCAGAAUUUUGUCUUGAAUUCUCCGUGUGACAGCAUCUCCUGUGACAUCAAUACAUUUGACUUUUCAAAUGCUAAAAGGCCUCGGUUGAGUUGUAUCACAUCAGACCCAGAACCUCAGCCAUUGCCUACCAGUAAUCAGAAAACAUCUACAAAAUUAUCAUUACCAGCCAUUGCAGAUUUGAUGAGAACAAGAUACUCAGAAAUAACAGAUUCCAGCCAAAGAGACCAAUGUAUAUCUUCAAGGGCUGAGGCUUGUUUCAUUUGCAGUAAACAGCACUUUAUGUGGCCUUAUAUGUGUCAUCUCUGCAGCAGUGUGAUCUGCAAGGACUGCUGUAUUAAAAUGUCUGUGCCUGUAAGACCCUGUAUACGUCUUCCACUUAACUUCUUUGAGGUCAUACGGCUAACCAAGGAAGAAUAUCUGGUCCUAAAAGAUCAAAAAACUGUACAGCUAUUGUAUGAAAUAGAGCACUGGGAUUCCCCAAGAGUUCCUCUUGUGUUUGAACCCCGUUGUGUAUUGCCACCCCUUGCUGCUCGUACAAAAAGCAUGAUGGACUGGCCUUCUAUGGACAUCUGUACAAAAUGUGAACAAUAUAUUUUGGAGAUCCUCUCCCAGCAGUCUCCCUGCAGAAAAAGAUCCUUGUCAUUGACUAAACUUGAAUAAUCUUCCUUCUCUUUUGCAACAUAUGAUAAUGUAAAUAAGUAACCUGAAAGGUCUAAAACGAAAAACCUCUGCUAGUUGUUUCUUCCUCUGUUACAGUCCUAGGGCAAGAUGCUGACGGACCAGAUGCUGUAAACGUAAUUGGAAAGCUCCUGAACUUUAGAAACAAAAAUGCACCUUACUGAUGUCAUUACAUGACACAAAUAAAUAUUGAACCAUUUUUGCACAUCAUGCCUUUUAACAUACUAUCUCUUUCACUUUGCCACCUCUUAAAACCAAGCUUCAAGGAUGUGAUGUUGAAGUUCAGUCAGUGACUUCAACCAUGUGCUUAGAACGCUGAUGAUAAUGCAUACACCAGACAGGGCUGACCACACUGUCUGUUCUUCACAAGCUCAAGGGGAAAUGAGAUUUAAUCACAGCUCUAACCCACAUAUUCACUCUCUUCCUGAACAUUCCACAAAAUCAGUCACUAGAGAGGCACCACAGAAGUUGUCCAAGGUUUUUAUCAUAUUUUGUAUUGUUCAUUAGAUUGCUUUUCCAAAUAUGUUUAGCUAGUACCUGGAAACCUCCAGAGCUCAGCCUAUGAAAAUUUAUUUUAUCCAAGUGUUUUUGUUUCCUGGCUUUAGACAGUAUAUUUCUUCCUGUUCAGAGAUGAAAUCAUUUUGAUGUUCUACAAAGACAGAUUUGAAGAAAUAAAGAGCAUUUAGGUUACAAUGUGGUAAAAAAAUCUGAAAAAAAUUAACAUGUGGAGUGUGACAUUGCCGCUUGUGUGUGUUUGACAGAGAGAAGGUGGUGUGCUUAUGUUUUCACCAUGUAGUGUCAUAUGGUGGAGCAGCAGUGAACUCAUGCAUACACAAAACUCAGGUGGAGAAAAACUCCAUACAUAUACCUUUUCUGCAACAACCCUUUGAAAGAGA